AAUCACCGUCAAACAGGAAUAGCGGACUUGUGAGAAAAAUGUCGGAAACCAGGAAAUGGACGCCGAAAGAUGAUGACGUUAAUGAGGAUGAGGAGGAGGAGGAUUCUCAGGUUUGAUUUUGACUUUCCCACUCCAUGGGUGGGGUGUGUGGCUAAUGGUGUGGUGAUGGUGGAAUAGCAAUACAUGAGUCAGAAGGAUGCUAUCCUCUUUGCUAUCAAUGUAUGUAUGGAUCUGGUCCAUCCUCUAAUGACCCCCCACCGGGGAGAGCGAAUAAUCUGAUGAAGUAUGGUAGGUCUCGACCACAAUGUUGGCACCCCAGGAGCUCGACGAUGGAGAUGAAGGGAAGAAGAAGGGUUCUACGCCUGCUUCGGCGGUGCUCACGGCAUUGCAGUGUGCGUAUGGGGUGCUACAGUCUAGGAUUAUCUCGAACCCGAAUGACAUGAUGGGUAUACUACUGUUUGGGACCGAAGCUACAAAGUUUGAUACUGGUGGGGGAGGAGGAGGGUAUGAUCAUUGCUAUUUGCUGCUGGAUCUUGAUAUUCCCGAUGCGGAGGGGAUUAAAGGGCUGAAGAAUAUUAUUGAAGGUUUGCGUCACCGCUUCUUGGUUCCUGGAGCCGAUGAUAACGGUAGCGGCGACAUGUGCUAGAUCCCCAAGAGUCCGAACCCCUUCUUAAGCCGGCCAAGGAGCAGGUCUCCAUGGCCAAUGUCCUCUUCGCCGUGAAUCAAAUAUUCACGACCAAAGCUGCAAACUUCCAAUCCCGUCGGCUGUUUAUAGUAACCGACGAAGACGACCCGCAUAGCACCGACAAGGCGCUCAAGAAUAGCUCUAUAACCCGUGCUCGGGACCUCUACGACCUCGGUGUCCGGAUUGACCCAUUCUUCAUCUACAACCCGGCGAAGGGCGGCUUCGACUCGUCAAAGUUCUACGAUGAUAUCGUGUACCGCUCUCACACGGACGAGGAGGAUGACCCCCAGGCUGCUGUGAGUGGUAGGAUGCGCUUGAAGCAAAUGGUCUCGAGCAUAAAGUCGAAAUCAAUGCCUAAGCGUGCUCUCUUCACCAACAAACUCGAAUUGGGCCCUGGUCUAGUAAUCGGCGUGAAAGGCUACCUCCUGUUCAAGCGCCAGGAGAAGGCUAGAAGUCACUACGUCUACACCAGCGGUGAAAAAGCGCAGAUGGUGAAAGGCGUGACAACCCGGCUCGCCGAAGAGACUGCGAAGGUGGUCGACAAGGCCGAGAUCCGCAAAGCUUACAAGUUCGGUGGCGAGCAGAUAUCGUUCACCCCCGAGGAAAUGAAGGCCAUGAGGAACUUUGGCGAGCCGAUUAUCAGGGUUAUCGGCUUCAAGCCUGCGUCCACGCUGAGGUUUGACAUGAAUGUUAAGCCUGCGAACUUCAUAUACCCCGACGAAACUGGGUACGUUGGUUCGACGAGAGUCUUCGCGGCACUACACGCAACGCUGGUGAGGGAUGAGAAAGUGGGCAUCGCCUGGUGCAUCCCUCGCAAGAACGCCGCGCCUCAGAUCGUGGCUAUUCUUCCCAGCGUUGAAGAGCUCGGGGAUGAUGGUGUACAGCUUACUCCCCCGGGAUUCUUCCUUAUACAUUUGCCUUUCGCAGACGACGUUAGGCAGAACCCGGAGAAUAAACUUGUUCGCGGUAUGCAUGCUACCCCUCCCAAGGUGUGAGUGUGCUGGGCAAUGGCUGAUAAAAAACGCUAGCCCCUGCCCCCCUGAUCGACCGCAUGCGCGCCGUUGUAAAACAGCUGCACAUGCCAAGGGGCUACGUACCGGACAAAUACUCUAACCCCUCACUCCAAUGGCACUACCGCAUCCUACAAGCCAUCGCCCUGGACGAGGAUAUGCCCGCCCAACCAACCGACACCACGCUGCCGAAAUACAAACUCAUAGACAAGCAUGCAGGCACUUACUGCCGGGAGUGGGGUGUGGAGCUGGAAAAAUUUGCGGGAAAUCUCGCCACCCCGGCCGCGAGGACUUCAGCUGCGAAGCGGAGCACGCUGGUCAAGGGGGAGGGCGUGCCGAGGAAGAAGGUUAAGGGUGAGGAUAGAGGGGAGGGGGAUGAAGUCAUGGCCACGUGGAGGAGCGGCGGAGUUGGGAGGCUUACGGUUGCGAAGUUGAGGGCGUGGUUGGAAGGGAAGGGAUUGGAUACUAGUGGGAGGAAGGUGGAUUUGGUGGCGAGAGUUGAAAGGACUUUGGGUGGGUAGUGUUUGUUACGCCAAAACUCUGGAGGCAUGUGCGGUUGGUGGAUGUCCUGUACAGUACUUGUACUAUGAUGUGUAUGCUUGAAUGAUAUGAUUUGGAGGGGCGAGUGAUUUGUCAUGAG